CAAAGCCAGUGAUGAUUUUACUGCAAUCUUCAGAGGUGAUAGCUUUUCACCAUGCAUGUCUUUAACAGAUGGAUAAAAGUAACUUCUGACUUAUUUAUCAGAUCACCCAACUUCACAAAGCCUUAAUUUUGAAUUUGAAAAUUUGGAGAGUUUCUUUUCUCUCUCUCUGUUUUGGGGUUGUGGCAAAGAGUGCCAAGGUUUUUUGUAAAGGGCAAUGGCAUCCUCAGUGAUGGUAUCUAUGUCUUCCUCAGUUUCAGCUCUGAGAAAUAGUAGUACUGUUCAAAACAACAGUAUUGUUCAGAGCUCCAAUGUUGUGCAGGCCUUCAGUGGCCUCAAGCCUACCAGUAGUGCUCUUACAUUACCUGCUCUCAGGAAGGAAAAAAAUUAUAGGAAGAUUGGUGGCUGUAGCACCAAAAUCUAUUGCAUGAAGACAUGGUCUCCAAUUGACAACAGGAAAUAUGAGACGUUAUCAUAUCUGCCUGCUCUCACAGAAGAAUCCAUUAUUAAGGAGAUCGAAUACAUAGUCGCAAAAGGGUGGAUUCCAUGCCUGGAAUUUGAUGCUGUGGGUAAAAUACACAGAGCAAAUUCUAAUUUCCCAGGAUACUAUGAUGGAAGGUUUUGGACUCUGUGGAAACUUCCCAUGUUUGGAUGCACAGAUGGUUCCCAGGUGUUAGCAGAGAUGGAUGAAUGCAAGAAGACUUUCCCCAAUUGUUAUAUACGUUGUUUGGGGUUUGACAACCAGAAACAAACACAAUGUGUUGCCUUCAUCGUUCACAAGCCUCAGCAAUGAAUUAACCAAAGGAAAAACUAAGAUGGGGACGAUUGAUAUUUGUUUAUUACUAAUAAAGCAGGUUGAAACCUAGACUAUAAAGAAUUGAAAACUUUGUUAGUCCUUAAGCAUUUAAUGCAUAAAAAACUUCUGUUUUGAAAAA